UUUUUCUAUUUUCAGGUUUAUGGUUUUCUUUAGUAUUCAAUAAACUAAAUCGAUAUUUUUAUUAAAUUUAAUUUUCAGAGACCUGCUGAGGGUUGUUCAUUACCUUCGAACAAGUUUCACUCGCUUGGUUCGACUUAUUUUCAUUAACAUACACCUCGUUACCCAAAAGACAGAACGGAGAAUAUCAAGAUAGAAUGAGUAGACGGAAGAAACCUGUUCUCCAACCCUGUUCUUGAAGAUGAGAAAAUAUGGUCUAGUAAUUUUGUUCACACUCUCAUCACUUUCAGGCAUGGAGAACAAUAUGAUGGAAAGCCUAAACAACAAAACUUUACAAUUGGAGAAAAUAGAAAUAAAAGGAGAAAAGCCAUCUUUUCAAGUGUCAGACGGUUAUAAGCUUGAAUGGAGCAGUGGGAAACUAAUUCUCCAGAUCCAAGUUCUUUCAACGACAAAUAUAUCUGUAUCAUGGAGAUUAGCAUACUUACAGAAAACAACCCAUUCCAGUUUACUGCCGAGAAAAACAAACAAAAUCAAGAAAAAAGGAACAAUAGGUAAUGGGUGCAUUGCUGCCCUUCCCCAACAGGUUCAAUUCUUCAAGGAACAUGUUUGGAAAAUAGGACUCAAACUUAUACCUGUACAAUCACAUAGAUGUUUAAGAGAGGUGUUCGGUAACUCUGGUAAUCUAGUGGAGGGACAGUGUAUUGUAAAGAAUAGUUUUGGAUCCAGGCUCAGGAACUUUCAAGUUCUUAUCACACCACACUUACAAGAUGAUAAACCUAGAGCUUACAGUAUCCAGAACAAUUUUACCCAGGAUACAGAGAGGAAUGAAACCUUGAUACCCUUGAAUAUCGAGGAUAUAGACGAGCUCCUGGAGGAGGGGAUCGAGGAGUUCGAGAUGGAUAAAAUAUCAGCUUUUAGACUCGAGAAGGACAGGAAGGAACGGAAACGGAUAAGAGAACAAUACAAGGCAAUUUGGUUUAUAGUCGGGAUGAUUAUACCUAUGUGUAUUCUACUCUACAUUACACUUAGCAUAUCCUGCAGGUAAUAAUAAU